ACUAGUUUAAUCAAGUAAACAAAUUUGUUUGGUAAUCAAAACAAAAUAUUUUAGAAACUUCACAAUGAGUUCUUCAAAAAUGAGACGUUAUAUUUAUAGUCCACGAGAUGGUCAAGAUUUAAAUCUAUCUAGUAAAGAAAAACGACUUUCUUUACUAAAUCAAUCAAGAAACUUAACUAUUGAACUAGAUAAAAGUAUCGAACAACCGAAGAAAAAGUCCAAAAAAAAUGACAAAAGUCAAUUCAAAGAAUUAAUACCAAAAUCACCAACCACAACUGCAAAUACACCGAUCAAUGACAAGAAAAAAAAUAGAAAACAGAAGAAGAAAAUUUCACCUCGAAGAAGUAUAUUUAACAAAUCACUUAGUUCAAAAAGUAUCGAUAGCUUAAAAGCAUUAAAAAGAGCUUUAAAUAAAUCUUUAAAUAAAAUGAAUCAGAAUAAAAAAUAUAAAAACUCGUUUAAUUCAAGUUCGGAAAAGGUAAUCAAAAAGAAAAAACGUCAACAUUCAUUGGAAGUAAGUUCAGAAAAUGCCGUGAAAAAGAAAAGACGAAAAAUAGAACCAUUUGUUACCAGUACACCAUUAAAUAAAGGAAUCGUUAAGAGAGUAAAUAGGCGUAAAAAUAAGAAUAAAAAGAAUAAAACAGUUCAUAAAGAUCAGACAUCUAUAUAUAAUCCUGAAUAUCAUUUACAUUCAACGUUAAAAUUAUCAGAGAAUAGAGAAUUAACUGAUAAUAGAGAUAUCAUCGAUAUUACGUCACCACAACCGAAAAACCAUCCAUUUGUAACACUAUCCGAGACACCAAUAAAUCAACACUUAUCAAUUAAUUUAACACCAAAUAUUUAUAAAAAAUUAGCUUUAAAUAUGCCAGAUAUUAUUGAGAUUGAUGAUGACGAAGAAGUUCAAACACCAGGGGGACCAGAAAUAGAUUAUGUUAAUUUAUUAUCACCAAGUGUAAAUGGAGACGAGUCUGUAAAAGAUGAUGAUAGUUGUAUAAUCAUUGAUGAUACUCCAAAUAAAACAGCAGGAACACAAAUGACACCAAGAUCAUCGUAUCACCACGAUCGUGUUAUUGAAAUUGGAACACAAAUAACACCUCAUCAAACGAAUGUAUCAACAAAUACAUCAAAAUUCACUUAUAGUCAAGUUGUGGGUACUAAAUCGGUGCAAACUGUAACUACUUCUAAUAAUAAUGUUGUCACACAAAGUACCAGCACAUCAAUUACACAAAUAUCAAAGAAUCUACAUCAAAGUACAAGUCCAGCUCAGAAGAAACAACCGAAAGAACAACAACAGCAGCGAAUUACACCACAAAAUUUUAAUUUUCAACAAAAUAAUGGUGUUAUUUCGGAUUUUGUUCAACGGAUUAAACAGUUAGAGGAUCAAUUUAUUAAACAUGCAUUGUUACCACAAAACGAACAAAAUACGCAAAAUAAUCAAACAAAUAGUAAUUAUAAUCCGAAAUUCGGUUCUAAUAUUUAUAAUCCGAAACAAGUUGUUAAAAGAGGUUUAAGAUUAAUUGUAAUUGAUGGAAGUAAUGUUGCAAUGGGCCAUUCAAAUGGGAAAUAUUUUUCAUGUGAAGGAUUAAAAAUUUGUAUCGAUUAUUUCUUAAAACGGGGACACGAAGUAAAAGCUUUUGUACCUCAAUAUCGUCGUCAACAUCAUCAAAGUUCAAAUCCAGAGCUUUUAGAACAUUUAGCCAAGUGUAAUUUAGUCAUAUUUACACCAUCCAGACAAGUUAAUGGUCGGCUGAUUAUUCCCUAUGAUGAUAGGUAUAUAGUUCAAUGUGCAGCUGAACGAGGAGGUGUAAUAGUAUCAAAUGAUAACUACCGAGACUUAUUAGCAGAAAAUCCAGCAUGGCGUGAAACAAUUACAAAACGAUUAUUAAUGUGGACAUGGUGUGGGGACAUGAUAAUGUUUCCAAUUGAUCCAUGUGGACGAGGUGGUCCUUCACUUGAUUCCUUCUUACGUUUCUAAUGAAUUUGAAAUUGGUUCUUUUGUUAAGUUUGUUGUUUGAGUCACAAAAGUACGUUCACUUU